AGUAACUCUGCGAAUAACGUUGCGGAUAAACGGACAACGCACAUGCGGUGCAACUCCAUAGACAGGCUGACGACGACGAGGCGAAACCGCGUCAGGCUACACGCUUUUAAUUCUUCGCACCUUCCUUCUGUCGCAGCUCAUUCCAGGCAGCUAAUUGAAUCUCUUGACCUGCUUAUCGCUAUAUCUUGCACCGCCGUUGCUGCAGCUCGCCGACAUUUCCGUCCACUGCUAGAAGCCGAGCUCUCCCGUCACUCCGUCCCUCCGUCCUCGGCCGCGGUCAUUGGUGAUUUGACUUGUCCAUGCCUUCGCGAGCCCCCUCGCUUCCCUGAACCCCUCUCUGAUUCGCACGCCCACCAAGGAAACGCGGCAACACUCUAUAGGCGCCCAACAUGGCCACAAUACGCAGUCUUGACCAUACCAAGUCUGAGGCCGAGUUGGCCAUCAACAUCAAGAAGGCGACGAGCCCCGAGGAAACGGCCCCAAAACGCAAGCAUGUCCGGAGCUGCAUCGUCUACACAUGGGAUCACAAGUCUUCCCAGUCCUUCUGGGCUGGCCUCAAAGUCCAGCCCAUUCUUGCCGACGAGGUCCAGACCUUCAAGGCACUGAUCACCGUUCACAAAGUCCUCCAGGAGGGCCACCCGGUGACUCUCAAGGAGGCCAUGGCGAACCGGGGGUGGAUUGACAGUUUGAAUCGUGGGAUGGCCGGCGAGGGCAUGCGCGGUUACGGUCCCCUGAUCAAGGAAUACGUCUACUACCUGCUGGCAAAGCUGUCAUUCCAUAAGCAGCACCCUGAAUUCAACGGCACGUUCGAAUACGAGGAGUACAUCAGCCUCAAGGCCAUAAACGACCCCAACGAGGGCUACGAGACCAUCACCGAUCUCAUGACGCUGCAGGACAAGAUCGAUCAGUUUCAACGGCUGAUCUUUUCUCACUUCCGCAGCGUAGGGAACAAUGAGUGCAGAAUAUCCGCGCUCGUGCCACUCGUUGCCGAGAGUUAUGGCAUCUACAAGUUCAUCACCAGCAUGCUGCGAGCCAUGCAUUCAACCACUGGCGACAACGAUGCCUUGGAGCCACUCCGUCAGCGGUACGACGCCCAGCACUACCGCCUUGUCAAGUUCUACUACGAAUGUUCGAAUCUCCGCUACCUCACGAGUCUUAUUGCCAUCCCGAAGCUGCCCCAAGACCCACCGAGUCUUCUAGCGGAAGACGAGAAUGCGCCGGCGCUCCCGGCACGCCCUAAGCAGGAGGUCGAAAAGCGGCCGACUCCGCCGCCGGCGCCCAAAUCAGACGAACCAGAUGAGAUCUCCGAGUUCUGGAAGAGCGAACUUGAUCGGCAGAACCGGGAAUACGAAGAACAGCAGCGUGUGCUGGAGGCUCAGCAGCAAGCGGCACUUCAAGCGCAACAGCAGGCUCAACUCCAGGCUCAGCGAGAUUUUGAAGAGCAACAACGGCGACUACUGGAGCAGCAGCAGCGGGAGCAGGAGGCACUGAUGGCGCAGCAGGCCCAAUGGCAGACGCAGGGGCGGCUGGCCGAGCUCGAGCAAGAAAAUCUCAAUGCGCGCGCACAGUACGAGCGCGACCAGCUCAUGCUUCAGCAAUAUGAUCAGCGGGUGAAAGCCCUGGAAGGCGAGCUGCAGCAGAUUCAGAACAACUAUGGCCAGCAAAUAGCUAGCAAGGAUGACCAGAUCCGAGCUCUCCAGGAGCAGGUCAAUACCUGGAGGACCAAGUAUGAAGCCCUUGCCAAGCUGUACUCACAGCUUCGCCACGAACAUCUGGACCUGCUCCAAAAGUUCAAGUCUGUUCAACUUAAGGCUGCUUCUGCCCAGGAGGCCAUUGAUCGCCGGGAGAAGCUGGAACGUGAGCUCAAGACCAAAAACCUUGAGCUUGCCGACAUGAUCAGGGAGCGAGAUCGGGCCCUGCACGAGAAGGACAGGCUACAGGGUUCAAAUAAAGAUGAGGUGGAGAAACUGAAGCGCGAGCUCCGGAUGGCCUUGGAUCGCGCGGACAACUUGGAGCGGAGCAAGGGCAAUGAGCUCUCCACUAUGCUUUCCAAGUACAAUCGCGAGAUGGCAGACCUAGAAGAGGCGUUGCGGAACAAGUCGCGAGCGCUCGAUGAGGCCCAAGCCAAGCUGCGAGAUGGCAACUCGGACCUCGAAGCGCUUCUCCGUGAAAAGGAAGAAGAGCUUGAGGUCUACAAAGCCGGCAUGGACCAGACACUGAUCGAGCUCAAUGAGCUGAAGAACAAUCAGGGCGUGACGGACCGUGCUCUUGAUGGCCAGAUUGAUGCCCUGGUCCUAGCCCAGCUGGACAAGAUCAAUGAGAUCAUCGACUCGGUGCUCCAAGCUGGAGUACAGCGCGUCGACGAUGCGAUGUACGAGCUGGAUUCUACCAUGCAGGCUGGUAACCAGAAUGCUUCUCCCUCGUAUGUCUUGUCGCAGAUUGAAAAGGCGUCUGCCAGCGCCACCGAGUUCGCAACGUCAUUCAAUAACUUCAUCGCCGACGGACCCAGCAGCAACUAUGCAGACCUCAUCAAGAAUGUCAACGUUUUUGCCGGCGCUAUUGCAGACGUGUGCAGCAACACCAAGGGUCUCACCCGCCUCGCCACCGACGAGAAGAAGAGCGAUGCCUUGAUCAACGGUGCCCGCCAGUCUGCCCACUCCACCGUCAAGUUCUUCCGCAGCUUGCUGAGCUUCCGGCUUGACGGCAUGGAUCCCUUACAAAAGACGGAUGUCGUUAUCAACAGCAACAAUGAUGUCCAGAUGAACCUACAGAGGCUCAACAAGUCGGUGGAGACGUUCGCUCCUGGCUUUGGCAAGCUUGCCAACAAGGGAGAUCUGGGUGAAGUUGUCGACCAAGAACUCAGCAAGGCGGCCGAUGCUAUCGCGGCAGCUGUGGCUCGCCUGAACAAGCUCAAGAACAAGCCACGCGACGGUUACUCGACCUACGAGCUGCGGGUGCAUGACUCAAUCCUGGACGCUGCCAUGGCAAUUACGACAGCCAUUGCACAGCUCAUCAAGGCUGCCACGGUUACACAGCAGGAGAUCGUGCAAGCCGGGCGGGGCUCGUCGUCUCGGACGGCCUUCUACAAAAAGAACAACCGGUGGACAGAGGGCCUCAUCUCGGCGGCCAAGGCGGUCGCAUCGUCGACCAACACGCUCAUCGAGACGGCCGACGGGGUUCUUUCCAACCGCAACAGUCCCGAGCAACUCAUCGUGGCGUCCAAUGAUGUGGCUGCUUCCACUGCGCAGCUGGUAGCCGCCAGCCGCGUCAAGGCCGGCUUCAUGAGCAAGAGCCAAGAGAACCUGGAGCAAGCUAGCAAGGCGGUUGGCGCUGCUUGCCGCGCUCUUGUCCGCCAAGUACAGAACAUGAUCAAGGAUCGCAACGCCGAGGAGGAGCAGGUGGACUACUCCAAGCUGGGGGCGCACGAGUUCAAGGUCCGCGAGAUGGAGCAGCAGGUCGAAAUCCUCCAACUCGAGAACGCACUUUCCGCUGCUCGUCACCGGCUGGGUGAGAUGCGCAAGAUCUCGUACCAGGAAGAGUAAAUUUGUCCAUCACGCCGAGGGUGCAUGGGAAGUGCGGUGGGAGGCAGUGCUUACCUACUCUCUGUAUGACAGUAUUAGCCUGUAAUCAUCAGUUUGACAGUUCUCACACUCUCUUUCCGUACUGUUGAUUUACUUCACCGCUGCGCCGUUGCAUCGUUGUUCCUCACCAACGCUAUGCAUCUGGUAGAUGAUGUUCCUGGUAUCUAAAAUAUAUCUAAAGUAUCUGUAUAGUACAUUGUUGAGAAUGGAUUGAAGUGCACAAUG